AUGAUUGGUUGCGUGUUCCUUCAAGAGGAGGAGAUCGUUGUUCAUCGAUCCCGACGCGAUUCGAUUUUGGAUGUGAGGUUACACAUUGAGGAUUUCACUAGGCAUACACCCUUAACUUUGUGGGUCAAGUGGAAAACGCGUGAGGAAAAAGAUAUUUUAGCUGUGGUGAACCUACGUGGAUGGGACUGCACUGAAAGUAUGACAAGCACUGAAAAUUUAGAGCUCAAGGCUACCAUCAAUAACGGUCUUCCUUGGAAAAUGGUGGCUAAAGGUAGCAGGAGUUCGACAAGGCGUACUAAAAAACAAGUUGCACGAGCUGCUGCCCCUGAUAUUGAGGCAGACUACAAGAGUGCAGCAGGUGUAGCAGCUGUAAAAGAUUCAGAAUCAGAAAAGCUUGGCGUUUCUGUUCUAGGCCAGCAUUUCGCAGAAAGGGUAGAGCAUGUUCCUAUAAAGAAACGGAGAUAUAUGGUUCCCGCUCCAUCACCUUUGAAUAGGUCCUAUGCCCGCGGUGAAGGCUCACAACAUCGUGCAGAGAUCAAUCAUUCUCUGCCUGUUUCGAGGUUGAACCCCAAUCUAAUGGGCGGGAAGACAGCGGAAGUCUCCGAUGAUAAACCCGAUUGCGGCACUCAUGACUUCUCUGGUAUUAAGAUACUUGCAGAGGUUGCUUGCAGUAGUGGUAUGAGUAGUGAUAUUGCAUCCGUAGUAGAUGGUCAGCCUGUUGAACAUGUUCAGCAGCAAAAUGCUUUGACCUUAUCUGCUCACGUGGAAGGUAAUGAUUCAUCAACGGGGAUUGUUGAUGUCUCUGGGAAAGAUUCUACGGUUGAAUCCAGUGACAAGGUCGGGGAAGACAAGAGCGAAAUCAUAGAGCCUCAAAAAGUUCUGGUUGGUACUUCGGUUAAUGCUUCGUCUGCUGACCAGAGUGAAGAGCAUGUUAUAGUAGCAUCUAGUGGUGUGAUAGUGGCUCAGAAGAUCAGUAUUGCUGUUUCGAAUGAAUCCUCAACAGAAAGGCCAAAGGAAAAUGUGGAAGCAGGUGAUAGCGGAAAUUUAGCACCUCAGAUUGAGGCUGUCACUGUCUCAGAUAAGCUAUCCGGUGAUGAGCGAACGGGUAAGGGUAAGAACUCUGAAUGCCUUACAGAUGAUAGGCUACACUGGGAUUUAAAUCUUCCAACAGAUGCGUGGGGUCAGCCUUGUGAUGCAAUCGAUGAAGCAUCCCGAAGAUACUCCGAUGGAGAAGUCACCGAAUCUGUUACAGAGAGCAGACGUAUUGAUGGAAAUAAGGAAUAUGCGGCUGGUCCUCCAGUUGCAUCGGAUGUGCACAUGAAUACUCCAUCCCUGUCUGGGCCUAAAGCUGAAGCCUCUGGUCGAAAUGGGAAGGAUUGCCAAUCUGGUUAUGACUCCCAGUUUGAGGAUGGAGAGUUGAGGGAACCAUACCCUUGGGAAGAAAACGAGGGUGAUAGUGGAGAUAUUGAACAAGUGGAUUAUGGGUCUGAGCCAGAGAAUGAGCGGUUAUACUCUUUGGCUGAAAGUAAUGAGAAGCUGGAGGACCUUGAGAAGGGAAUCCUGGCAGAGACAAUAUGUGGAGCUGUGAAGUGUGAAUCUGGCAAUGUGCAUGAAGGAAGUAGUGAUAUAGAGAAGCAUGUCGUGGUUUGCAUGAAUGAUUCACAUUCAAAAGGAUCUUCUCCAUCAAGGAGCUUCGGUUCAAAACCAUUCAGGGAGUUCUCUUCACAUGAGACUAUCUCUAGGAGAAGGCAAGUUGCUUCUGCUGAACCUCUUUUCUCAUUUAAUUCUUUAUUUUGUUUCUUAGCUAAUAAAAGUGAUCUCUCUGUUUUCAGGCCUGAUAGUUACGAGUUGAAUGAGAGGGAUGCUGGUCCAAAUAAGUUUGUCGGGAGAGACAGAUCAGGGAUGCGUAUGCGAAGCAGGAGUCCUGGGAAAGGACAAUUUGGUGGCUGGGAUUCCAAACGUCGCUUCUCCCCACCUAUUUACAAAGGUGGUCCAUACGGAUUUGGACGUCCCCGGCCUAAAACUGUUGUGGAUGACCGAGAUAUGAUGAAUGGCUUUGAUCAGCCAGGGCCAGGCUCAGGCCCAGGUCCACAUGGCUAUGUUCGUAGGCAGUUCUCAAAUGGAGGAUACCGGGGUCGGUUCAGAAGGUUCCCAGAUGGUGGCGGAAAUCGCGAUUUCAGAGGCGUAAAUCGCCCCUUCCCUGGUGAUGCUGACGAGUAUCCAAGUCGCAUGCACAACAACCGGAUGAACGGACGGAGAGAGAGAAGUAACUCGCCUCCUGUCUUUAGGAGAGUGCACGACCCUCAGUCACGGUCCAGGUCUAGAAGCCGUUCCCCAGUCUCAUGGAACGGGCGGAACAGAUCUCCUCCCAGGUUCAGGGGUGAUGAAAACAGGAUGGAGAGAGUGAGGUUACCGUUCCAGAAACGGUUUCCGCUCGACCAAGAGAUGGGUUUCAUGUCGCCGCCAAGAAGCCAGCGAAACUCGAGGUUUUUCGAAGGCAGAAACAAUGAUGGUGGUGGAGAGAAUCAUCAUAAUAACUUAAGGGGAAGGAAGUCGCCGCCAGGAAGGAUGUUCAGACCAGAGCAGAGAUUUGAUAACAUGAGAAGGGUGAAUUCGGACAACUUCAGACCAUUUAUGCGGCAUAAUAAUAGAAGGUUUGGGGACGGUGGCCGAGGAGGAGGGUGUAAAUACGAGGGAGCGGAGGAGGAGAAGAAUGGGAACAGGUUUGAGAUGGUACACCGGCCUCCUCCGCCUCGGCGUUUAGAGGCAAUGGAAGAAGACGGUGAUAACAUCCGACGGUUCGGUUUAAACGCAGAACAACAACAACAGCACUCUGUUGUUUCCAACAAUAGCAAUAACGAGGCGUCAUAA